AUAGAACAGUUCAUAAGGUCUGAUACCUAUUUCACUAAAACACGUAUAAGUUCUUUAUAUUCUGAUUUUAACCGGCUUAAAAUCUUGAAUCCAGACGGGUAUGAAGCUAAUCUUAAUGCUUGGUUACAUCUAUUUCUUUCUUUACUAGAAAGCAGGUCUUUAAUGAAAUAUGAAGAGUCAGUUCAAACAUCCCUUUCAAUGCCCACUCGAAAUCCAAAUUUGGAUCAGCUUUUGGCGUUGCCGGUGUUGGGUAAGCCACGUAGUUUGGGACUAGUUCUUAAAGAACUUGUUGAAAGAAAACAGUUGAUCCCAGUAUCUGAAUAUAAAGCUUACGAUAAAUCUUUUGAGCAGUACUUUGGCAGCCAGGGUUCAUUGGUCGACUAUGUUUCCCCUACUAAAUGGUUGAGCUGGGGGUUGAUGUCAUUGGGACUACUGAACGAAUUUACCCCCAUGUUGAAAGAUGGUACUUUGAAAGCAGACUAUUACUUUUCCUGGGAGAAAUUUGUUUCGGUUGCUGACGGUUUAUUCAAGAAAUUGAAGGAACAUGUACAUGAUGGAAGCUAUAGCAGUCUAGUAUAUGAUAAAUUAGAACUACUAGAAGUUAUUCAAUCGAAUAUUGAUUCACAAAUUACCCCAUUUGAUUUAGAUCUUUUGCUUAUAUAUUACUCUAGAGAUAAAAAGCACUUAUUAAUCCUGAAAGUUGAAGACCGUAUUUAUAUUAAGUUUAAUUCUAUACAGUUUGGUAAUGCAGUUGAUAUAUCAGAGGCCGAUAUUGGAAUAUCAAACUUGAAAUCAAAUAUUGCCCAGUUAGAAAAGAGAAAUGAUCAAUUGUCUCGUGAGCUAGAUGAUAAGAUCCCCCAAUCCGUUCAAUCAUUAAUUUCCAAACCUGAUUCUCUGGAAAGAAUCAAGAAAAUACUUAUUAAUAAAAAGACCAUAUCCAAAUCUUUAUCCAAAUCUCAAGAUAUUGUAAAUCAACUUAAUUCAAUUUUACUCAAAAUUGAUGAUGCUACUUUAAAUUCUCAAAUCUUGCAAAUUUAUAAAACUAGUAUAAAAACCUUAUCCAGUUUAAAUAAAGUCGAUCUUGAUGAAGUUGAAAAUAUUAAAAGUGAUUUGGAUGAUGAAAUAAGAAAUGUUGACGAAGUCUCUAAUAGACUUAAUGAGGAUAAUGCUUAUGAUGACGAAAUUGAAGAAGAAUACGAAAGA